AUGGCGACGGGACGAUUACUCAAACCCACUUUGCACGUCGAGGUCCUCCUCACAACCUGCAAAUUGCCAGCAUCUGCCCUUCACGACACGUGCCUCGCCAUCAAGAAAUUUGUGCAGGACAACUAUGUCACUUUGAGAGUCGACGACGACAUCUCCGGCUAUGAGAUGAUCGCUUACGCGGAAUACGUCGAACGCAUAGACAUUGCCGACUAUACCGGCCCUUCAGAGCCCGCUGGCUAUCACAGCCUGGACGAGGUUCAGCUGGAUAUCGUCGCCUACGCACUCAAGACUGCCGAAGAAGGCCGUCCACGUCGCCGUAUCGGCCAGCCUGAGGAUCCGGACGAUUUUCCGCAGGCUCGUGUUCUGCCUCUGCCGCAUGUCGUCCUCAGGAACGAGUGGGAUUCGCUGAUCUACGACGAGGCACUCCCGUCACAGCUGCUUCGCUACCUCAAUCGCAUGCUCGGUGUCAUGAAGCAGCCUGGACUGAAUCUCAGCACCUUCAAUUGGAAUCGGCUAUGUUUACUUCAUGGCCCACCCGGAAGUGGAAAGAGCACGUUGUGUCGUGCCUUGGCACAGAAGCUGAGCAUUCGCCUCUCCGAUACGUUUUCACACGCUGUGCUCGUGGAGGUCAACACCAAUGCAAUGCUCAGCAAAUACUUUGGGGAGAGUGGAAAGCUCAUCGGCACACUCUUCGAGAAGAUCCACGCCAUGGCACAGUCGUUAACCACUCUUGUUUGCGUCGUUAUGGACGAGGUCGAGACCAUUGCUGGCUCACGAGAGAAAGCUGAUGCUGGAGGCGAGUGCAGCGAUGGUGUGAGAGCUACCAAUCAGCUCCUGACUGCUCUGGAUCGGCUCCGGGCAUUGCCAAACAUCAUUGUGCUGUGCACCAGUAACCUGAUUAGCGCGAUUGAUCCUGCUUUUCUUGAUCGCGUCGACAUCAAGCAGCUGAUACCAAGUCCAUCGCCGUCUGCAAUUUACAACAUCUUUCGCUCCUGUUUGAACGAGCUUGUUCGGUCCAGCCUCGUCAAUACUGCAGCAACGACUACUCAUGUAGAAUACUCUGCGGCAGAGAGUGCCAGCUCUUCAUCUCGAGCAUCUGAGCACAGCAGUAAUUCCCCGGAAACGGACUUAGACGAUCGGACUACAGUGUUGGAGACUUCAAACAUCCCGACCUUGGCGGAGAUGCACAUUGCGUACUACGAUAAGCCGCAAGCACCUUGUCGCAGGGUUUGGGCUCUGUCUCAGAAAUGCGAGGGCUUCAGUGGUCGAACCUUGCGUCGUCUACCAAUCCUCGGCCUGGCAAUGUAUACGUGGGGAGGAAACUGCACACUCGACGAUGCUAUCACGGCAUUGACGGCCGCAGUCGACCAGGAGUUGUUGGCAAAGCAGGCCCGAGCGGUAUGA